CAUCUCAAUUUGCCACCCAUCAGUUUCCUCACCAAGUAGAGAUCAGAAAAGUACUGCAUAGCAUCACAUUACCAGUGAAACUAAUGGGUUCCUUAACACUUCCAAACCUUCCUACCAUCAAUUUCUCCGUCGAUGCCUUGAAGCCUGGCUCAAGUUCUUGGCUGUCCACCUCCAAACAAGUCCGAUAUGCACUCGAAGAGUACGGUUGUUUCGUGGCGGAGUACAAUCAAGUUUCUGCACAACUUCUGAACAAUAUCUUUGGGCAGGCCAAAGAUUUGUUUGAGGUUCCUUUGGAAAACAAAGUGAAGAACGUUAGUAAUGAACCAUAUCGCGGGUAUAUUGGACCGAACCACCUUAUGCCACUCUAUGAAGGUAUCGCCAUUGAUAACGUCACAUCCCCACAAGAAACUCAGAAGUUCAAAAAUCUCAUGUGGCCCGAUGGAAAAAGCAAUUUCUGUGAAACUACAGAUUCAUUUGCCCAAUUAUUAUCAGAGUUGGAGCACAAAGUGGAACAAAUGCUAUUCGAAAGCUAUGGAUCAGAAAAGCAGUACGAGUCUGUUGCUAGUGCCAACAGCCACCUUCUUAGAUUCCUCAAGUAUAAUAAACCAGAGGAAGCUGAUCGUGCUACCUUGAGAUUUGCGAGCCAUACAGACAAGAACUUCACCACCAUCGUUGUUCAACACGACGUUGGUGGUUUGGAGGUUAAAACCAAGGAUGGUGACUGGAUUAACAUUGAGUCCGCACCUUCACAGUUCUUGUUCAUGGCCGGUGAUGGAUUGCAGGUAUGGAGUAAUGAAAGAAUAAAAGCUUGUGAUCAUCGAGUGAAGCAUUGUGGAGACAAGACGAGGUACUCACUUGGGUUGUUUACAUUCAAUAACGGAAAAAUACAGGUGCCAGAAGAACUGGUGGACGAGAGGCAUCCACUGCUCUAUAACCCAUUGGAUAGUCUUGAGUAUAUUAGGUUUCACAGUAGGGGUGAGGCCAGGAACCUAGUCUCUCCUGUGAAGACCUUUUGCGGUGUUACAAAUUCUACAGCCUAAUAUGUAGGACUGAGGAGGACUCAACCUUGAUGCUGGAAAAUAAUUUUUUUGUGUGUGUUGAUUAGUAAUAAAUGUACUAUUAGGAGCAGGAAUCUUUCUUUUUAAUUAUUUAAUUUCCAAAUGCAUGCAUUAGCAUGUGCUUAAUUUGUGGGAUUUCAUGGCUGCUUCCUUCUUGGAAGAGAGCACUCCAAAAUGGAGUAUAAUAGUUUACAUCUAUAUGUAAUAAAGCAUUCAACUUUGAUUUUCUUCACCGUUCCAUUGACUAUGGGUAAUAAAGCAUUCAUCUUGGGAGAA